CUCUACAAUUGUCACAAAUACACAAAUUAUUAUUAAUUUUCUGCAAAUUCGUGUAAAAUUUAAUCCAUUUUCGCCUCUACUAUAGUACCGUUAUCUUAUUAUCUGGCACUCACAUUAUUGGUUAACGGUUUUUGCUAUUUCAAAAAUAUACACAAAUAUGUUGGACCCCAGUCAACAACAGCAGCAGCAUCAUGCAGCCAAUAACAUAAAGUCUUCAUUUAGUGUCACUGAAGAAAAUCGUCAUUAUUUAAAAGUUUUCAUUCAAACUUAUCACAAUCUUCCCAUUUUAUGGGAUACCACAUUGCGUGACUACACCAACCGAGAUAAAAGGGCAGAGGCAUAUCAACAGUUGGUACCCAUUUAUAAGUAUUUAAAGCGAGAUGCCAAUUUGCAAGAUGUAAAAAAGAAAAUAAACACCUUAAGGACUAACUAUCGCAAAGAGUUAAAGAUAAUUGAAAGUGCACGUAGACAAGGUACCACUUACCAGCCAAGGUGUUGGACCUUUUAUGAGUUGGAUUUUUUGAGGAAUGCUGAAAAAUUUCUGGCCGUUGAUCCCAACUACAUAAAGAGUGAGACCUCCAAUUCUUCCGCAUCUUCGGCGUUUGGCAUAUUCAAUGAAGCCACGCAUCAGGGGAACUUCUUGGAAAUAUCACCUUAUGGAUUUCGCAUGAAUAAUGGUGGCUCUCCACCACCUAGCAUAACACAAAUGUUUCAAAAGUCAUUUGGACAGAGUGGCAGUAAUAAUGCAUCACCACAAAAGGCACCAGGCGGCAAUCUAAAUAACUCGUUAAACCCUUUGAACGUGGGUAUGACCAAUGAAAUGGGAAAUAGUGGCAACAACUUAAAUGAAUAUGGACAACAAAUGCAGCAGCAUCAUCAACAACAAUCGCCGCAUAAUCAACAACAGCCAUCACCAAGUUCGGAGAUUAAUAAACGCCAGAGAACAUCUAUGAAUACAUUUAACCCCACCACAAAUAAUGCAUCUGCCUCCACCUGCAAUUGUCUAUCAUCUCAGUAUCCCGAGGAAGAAUCCCUAACACGUACAUGGGCUUAUAAGCUAAAACGUUUGCCACGCGACCAGCGGCUAUUCGCUGAAAAGUUCAUAAAUGAUAUUCUCUUUGAGGCCGAGUCGGGUACUUUGCAUCGCGGCUCCAUGCAAAUCAAUGCGUUUGAGCCAUAUGUGCGUUUUGAAGAAUCCCAGGGAGAUGACAAUACAAGUAGUACCAGUGCUCAUGAUAAAUCUCAAAGCCCUCAAGUUCCUCUGUCCCAUGGACAUUCGACUAAUUCUCAGUCACAUGAUAUGGCUGACAUCAAGAGUGGCAUUGACAUUCAUGAUAAUGCAGCUGUGCCACCAAGUGUAGAUAACGAAAACAGUGGCAGUAAAGGUACAAAUGCAGAAUUUAAUAAUAGCUAUACCUAAGAGUAAAGUGUUGUGUAAUAAUUGUUCUGGAAGCUCAACUAAGAUAUGGGCUAGUAAAUAUGUUUUUAAUGUCAUGAAAUGUAAAAAAAGAGUUGUUGCAUAAAAAUGAAGCUAUUU